GCCAAUCCUCUCAAAUUGAAGAAAUUUAUGGUCAAGAAGUUACCAUUGAAGUUAAAUGGUAGCAGACAUAUACAUGCAAUCCUAUGGGGCUUUGAUUCGUUUAUGAGCCUUGAGAUUGAUGGGUGUGUGGAGAUGGCAAUGGUGGUCAUGUGAGGAAAGAGCAUCAUCAUGAUGGAAGCCUUGGAAAGAGUCUAA